GGGGCAGCGAGCGCGGGUGCGGGGGCCGCCGGGGCCGCGGGGAGACUCUCGGGCUGCGCGUCGGGACCGUCCGUCUCUCGCCCACUCGUCGCCAUGCAUCGCGAUUCGUGCCCCCUGGACUGCAAGGUGUACGUGGGCAACCUCGGGAACAAUGGGAACAAGACGGAGCUGGAGCGCGCCUUCGGCUACUACGGGCCGCUGCGCAGCGUGUGGGUGGCCCGGAACCCGCCCGGCUUCGCCUUCGUGGAGUUCGAGGACCCCCGGGAUGCGGCGGAUGCGGUGCGAGAGCUGGACGGGAGAACUCUGUGUGGCUGUCGCGUAAGAGUGGAACUCUCCAACGGUGAGAAGAGAAGUCGGAACCGAGGCCCACCUCCCUCUUGGGGCCGCCGCCCUCGCGAUGAUUACCGGAGAAGGAGUCCUCCGCCGCGCCGCAGAUCUCCAAGACGGAGAAGCUUCUCCCGCAGCAGGAGCAGGUCCCUUUCUAGAGACAGAAGGAGAGAGAGAUCACUGUCUCGGGAGAGAAAUCACAAGCCGUCUCGAUCCUUCUCUAGGUCUCGGAGCCGAUCUAGGUCAAAUGAGAGAAAAUAGAAGACCAGUUCACAAGAAGAGUGGUGUACAGGAAAUAACUUCAUUUGACAGGAGUAUGUACAGAAAAUUCAAGUUUUGUUUGAGACUUCAUAAGCUUGGUGCAUUUUUAAGAUGUUUUAGCUGGUCACAUAUAUUUGUCUCUUGGAACAGUGACACAAAGAUGUAAUUCUCUGUGGCUCGAAGUGGGUCAUAGAGGCAUACGCUAUCAAGAAUUGUUACUUUACAAUGUUCCCUUAAGCAAAAUUGAAUUUGCCUUGAACUCGAAUUGAUAGUCUUGUAUAGACUGACAAUAAAUCUAAAUUCUGCCCAGGUAAAGUACAUGAGGAAAAUAACUUAAAAUUGAACCCUGACUUUCAACUACAGCUGGGGAAUAGCCUGUAGCUGUAGUUGGUUAAAGAAUGGUCUGUUCAAGCUGCACCAUUAUAAACUACGAGGGCUUUUUUUUUAAAUUCCCAUUCCAACUAGUCCACACUGGGUGGAUGAUUAGUGUGGAAUCUAAAAUUUUAGUUUGCUUUAGGUUCUAAGUUGCUUGUUCUGCUAUAUUUGAAUAUAUAGGUCUUUAUUAACUGUCUUAAUUGGAAAUUUGAGACUAUUCAAGACACCAGCCUCCUGCCAGUUUAAGGGUACAUUGUAGAGCUAAACUUUGAAGUUACUGUGCAAGAUUUUUUUUCAUGCUGUCAUUUGUAAUAUGUAUUGUGAGAAUCCUUGGGAUUAAAGUUUUGGUUACAAAUUGUUGUUUAACUUGAAAGCCUGUUUUUCCUUGCAAAUCUCAAAUCUGUGAGCUUGGUUCUAAGUCCAGGUAUAACAUUCCUAUCGGAAGCCAUACUUAUAUUUUCUUGUAAAGUGCUUUGAAUUAAUAAAAUAAUAGCAUAAUUGUGUAAUAGUUGAACCCACUAUUACCAUAGUAUUUGUCCACCAUGGAAAACAGUUGGUUACACAGAUCUUGUAAGAAACAUGACUUUGAAGCGAAGGGAAGCUUUGGUUGACACUUCCGUUUGCCAGUUUUCAGGUAGAAGAAGCCAAUUCAAAGUCAGUGAUACUUAGUGGCCAACAUUUUUAAGUUCUAGUGGUACAUUGUAACCCAAAGUUGGUCAUUAACAAAGGCUUUUGUCAUUAGCAUGAGAACUUUACACAAAGCUUUAAAUUGCUUCCACUUCGUACAAUUUGAGGUGUUGCAUGAAAAUUCUAAAUUGAUCCAUCAUGAUGUAAAAAAAAUUCGUUAUGGUUUAAGUGUAACAGUACAGAAUUGAAUAUGGAGGCAUGUAUAACCUUCCUCUUUGAAAUCCAGAGGAGUUGUAAUUUCUAAUUUUGUUCUAUUAGAUUAAAUCAUAAUGCAACAGUC